CAGGCGCGAGCCUAGUACCCGCGCUUUUCGGAGGCUGCGGGCGUCAGGGCUCAGCCCUCAGGGUCGCUAUGAGUUGGAGUCAGUUCCAUGGCAACGGGUUUGGUUUUUGGUUUUGAUUUAUUACAGUGGAUAUCUUAUCUUGGAAACCCUGGUGCUGUAGUGGUUAAGUGCUACAGCUGCUAACCAAAAGAACCUCUGAAAUGCAGACCUCCAGCUCUCGAUCUGUGCACCUGAGUGAGUGGCAGAAGAAUUACUUCACAAUUACGUCUGGUACGUGUUCAUCAGGCCAGAAGGCAGAUGCGUACCGUGCACAGAUACUGCGCAUUCAGUAUGCGUGGGCAAACUCUGAGAUAUCCCAGGUCUGUGCUACCAAACUGUUCAAAAAAUAUGCAGAGAAGUAUUCUACAAUUGUUGAUUCUGACAAUGUUGAAACAGGCUUGAACAACUAUGCGGAAAAUAUUUUAGCUUUGGCAACAUCUCAGCAAACCGACAGUGACAAGUGGCGGUCUGGAUUGACAAUAAAUAAUGUUUUCAAAAUGAGUAGUGUGCAGGAGAUGAUGCAAGCUGGCAGAAAAUUCAGAGACUCUCUGUUGGCAACUGCUGAUGCGUCAGUAGUGAUUCAUAAGGAGGCCGGUGUCUUUGAUUUUCCAAAAUUUAGUGCGUGUGGUUCUGAAGAGAAUAAACUUUCACCUAACUUAAGUCGUGGUGCAGAUAAGACCCAAGACACCACAGAGAACAGACCUUCAAAGUGUCCUCAGAAUGCCCAGACACCUAUGGUGACUAACACUACUAAAAUUUGUCCUGCAUUCUCAAUGCCUUUAGGUGAAUCAGCCACUGCAAAAUUCCAUGCCACACCUUUAUUUGGAAAUGUUAAAAAGAAAAAUCAUGGCUCUCCAAAAGCCAACAUAGGACUAAAUAUGUUCUCAUCUAAUCAGUCUUGUUUUCCUCCCAGCUGUGAAAAUCCACAGGAAAAGAAGGCUUUUUAUGGUGUUAUUGAUGCACUUUCCAAUCCAACACCAAAUAAGGCUUUUAGUAAAAUGGAAGAUAGUUGCCAAAGGGAGGAGAGCAGCCUGCCUACUUUUAAAACUGCCAAAGAACAAUUAUGGGUUGAUCAGCAAAAAAAAUGCCACCAACCCCAGCGGGCAUCAGGGUCUUCAUAUGGUGGCGUAAAAAAGUCUCUGGGAGCUGGUAGAUCUAGAGGAAUAUUUGGAAAAUUUGUUCCUCCUGUACCUAAGCAAGAUGGGGGUGAUCAGAAUGGGGGAAUGCAGCAUAAACCUUAUGAGGCAGGGCCUACAGAACCAGCACAUCCAAUUGAUGAGCGUUUGAAGAACUUGGAGCCAAAGAUGAUUGAACUUAUUAUGAAUGAGAUUAUGGAUCAUGGGCCUCCAAUAAACUGGGAAGAUAUAGCAGGAGUAGAAUUUGCUAAAACCACAAUAAAGGAGAUAGUUGUGUGGCCCAUGCUGAGGCCAGACAUCUUUACUGGCUUACGGGGACCUCCUAAAGGAAUUCUGCUCUUUGGUCCUCCUGGGACUGGUAAAACUCUAAUUGGCAAGUGCAUUGCGAGUCAGUCUGGGGCAACGUUCUUUAGCAUUUCUGCUUCGUCUUUGACUUCUAAAUGGGUUGGCGAGGGAGAGAAAAUGGUCCGUGCGUUGUUUGCUGUUGCAAGGUGUCAGCAACCAGCUGUGAUAUUUAUUGAUGAAAUUGAUUCUCUGUUAUCUCAACGAGGAGAUGGUGAGCAUGAAUCUUCUCGAAGGAUAAAAACUGAAUUUUUAGUUCAGUUAGAUGGAGCAACCACAUCCUCUGAAGAUCGGAUUCUAGUGGUGGGAGCAACCAAUCGGCCACAAGAAAUUGAUGAGGCUGCUCGGAGACGAUUGGUGAAGAGGCUUUAUAUUCCCCUCCCAGAGGCUUCAGCCCGAAAGCAGAUAGUAGUUAAUUUGAUGUCCAGGGAGCAGUGUUGCCUCAGUGAAGAGGAGCUUGACCUGAUUGUACAGCAGUCUGAUGGGUUCUCUGGGGCAGACAUGACACAGCUUUGCAGAGAAGCUUCUCUGGGUCCUAUUCGCAGUUUACAAACUGCUGACAUUGCCACGAUAACACCAGAUCAAGUUCGACCAAUAACUUAUAUUGAUUUUGAAAAUGCUUUUAGAACUGUGCGACCCAGUGUGUCUCCAAAAGAUUUAGAGCUUUAUGAAGACUGGAACAAAACUUUUGGUUGUGGGAAGUAAAUGGUACACUUGCAGUUAAAAGGUGGCAUCUUUGUAGUACAAUCUUUUCCAUUUUUUAGCAAAGGAUAUUGGGAAUUUAUUAAUUGCAUCUUUUAGUGUAUAGUCUGAGUCCUGUACCUCAUAUACAGUAGAAUAGCAAUAGCUUACAUUUUACAAUUGGUUGACAUAGCCAGUAUUAAUAAAAGCUUUAUUUGCCUUCCAGCUAUUACCUGAUGCAUAAACCUGUUUAUACAAAAUGGGAAUGAGCCUUGUCUUUUGUUUCUAAGAGAUGCUUGUUUGAAGAUGUCUAAUGUGAAGACUAAUGAGCUCAAAUUGAAAAUUUUUUUAAAUAUGAAGUUUACACCUGUAUAUGAGGGUGUAUGAGAUUUAUAUUCAUCUCUUAUUUAAGAAAGAGUUCCUUUUUGAAAGCUAUUAAACUCUUAGUGUUACCUAGUAUGUGGCUUAAAUUCAGAAAAAUAUUUCUUACGUUCAGGUACACUUAAGAUCUCACCGAAAGCUAUAGUGUGCCAGUUUCUACUUUUGCUGAUUUUUUAAUCUCUUACAGGUUUCUUCUCUUAACUGGGCUGAUAAAAAUAUGUUCAGAAAUAGCAAGCACUAAUCUAAUAGCAGAGAUGUAUCCACAGGACUGAAAGAUGAAGAAUGUGUUAUAUUUUGCAGGAGGUAUAUAUUUAAAAUUAACACUUUGUCACUACUUCACAGCCUAUAGUAUUGUUCUUUUUCAAAAAAAUAUUUUCAGGUUUUUAUAAUUUUGAUUUACAAAUAAUACAUGUUCAUUUGAGAAACAGAAAAUAGAAACGAAAAUAGAAAUCACUUUGAAGGGGAAACACUACUAACAUUGUGGUAUAUAGAGUCUUCUAGAUGCUUUGCUUUAUACAAGAGUGGAAUUGUGCUAUGUAUUUUCUUGUACGGCCUGUUUUUUUUUUUUUUAAUAAGUGUAUCGUCAUCAUUUCCUCUGUUAACUUAUACUGCUACAACGUCUCCCAUUCACAUGGUUGCCUAGGGUUCCAUUGCAUGGAUGUAUUAUCAUUUGUUCACGCCUCUGUUAGGGGACAUUUAAGGCAGAUACUAGGUUGUUUAUUAUCUUUUGUUUAUUGCAAACAAAAAUACGUUGAGUGCCAUUGUGGUUGAAAUCUUUUGAGUUUUUUUUAAUAUAAAUUUCUUGAAUAAAAUUCUCAUAUUAAAGAGUGUGCAUGUGUGCCUGUGUUUAAGACUUUUGGCAUGUGUUCUAAACUGUCCUUUAGAAAAGUACUACCUAUAUACGUUCCCAGGAGUCCCUGGGUGGUGCAAACAGUUAACAUGCUUGACUCCUAAUUGAAAGGAUGGAGGUUUGAGUUCAUCUGGAGGUACCUCAGAAGAAAGGCCUGGCAGUCUACUUCUGAAAAAUCAGCCAUUGAGAACCCUGUGGAGCACAGUUCUACUCUUGUACAUGUGAGGUAUCCAUGAGUCAGAAUCAGCUCGACGGCAACUGGUUUGAUUUUUUUAUGUACAUUAUCACUGUCACUGAAUCAAAGUGCCUGCUUGCUUAUAUCAUGCUAAUGUUGGGCAUUACGCAGCUUUUGUUUUUGUUUGUUAGCAUCCUUUUUACAUUCUUUCAUUUAACAAAUACGCAUUGAGUGCCAGGCAGUGUUGUAGGUGCUGAAGGUAGAGCAGUAACCAACGCAGAUAAAAAUCCUUGCUCUCACGUGGGUUACGUUGAAGUUCUAAUGUUUCUCAUGUGAGCAGUGCAACUUAAAAAGAAAUGGAAUUUGAAACUCUUCUCUUAAUAGGUAAACUUAAUAUUAUUUUGAUUUUUAUUCUUGGUCUGGCGUCUGUUUUUAUACUAUAUUUUUCUUGUGUUAUAAAAAUAUUUUUAUAUAAUAUAGAAGACAAAACUCUAUAGUUUACUCAUAUUUUAUGCCAAAUGUACAUAAUUCAUUCUACUUAAAACUUUUUUUUUCUCGUUUUUAUCGUGCUUUAGGUGAAAGUUUACAGAGCAAAUUAAUCUCUCAUUGAACAGUUAAUGAAAUUGUUUUGUGACAUUGGUUGCCAACCCUGUGAUGUGUCAACACUCCUCCGUCCGAGUUCCCUGUUUCCAUUUGUCUGGUUUUCCUGUCCCUUCCUGCCUUCUCAUCUGUGCUUUUGGACUGGUGUGCCCAAUGGUCUCCUAUACCUAUAUUGAACUGUGAGGCAUGGUCCUCAUGUGUGUUACUGUUGGCACUAUUUUAAAGGAUUUAUUAUUGUAAUUUUUAGUUUUUUCUUUUGAAAUAUGUGAUUGCCUUUUAUUAGAAUUGGAUCUUAAACUUUUAGUUUUUAAUUUAUAUCAAAAUUUUAAAGCAUUUUACAGUAUUCUUCCUUACUGUCUUCGUCCCUAUCCAUUUUGGUAUAAACACUAUAACCUUGGUGUCUUAGUCAUCGAGUGCUGCUAUAACAAAUACCACAAGUGGAUGGCUUUAACAAAGAGAAAUUUAUUUCCUCAUAGUAAAGUAGGCUAAAAGUCCAAGUUCAGGGCAUCGCUUCCAGGGGAAGGCUUUCUCUCUCUGUUGGCUGUGAAGGAAGGUCUUUGUAUUCAAUCUUCUCCUGGUUGAGGAGCUUCUCAGGCACAGGGACCCCAUGUCCAAAGGACCCGCUCUGCUCCUGGUGCUGCUUUCUUAGUGGUAUGAGGUCCCCAACUCUGCUUGCUUCCCUUUUAUCUCUUGAGAGAGAAAAGGUGGUGCAGGCCACAUCCCAGGGAAACUCCCUUUACAUUGGAUCAGGGAGGUGACCUGAGGAAGGGUGUUACAAUCCCACCCUAAUCCUUGUAACCACAGGCAGAGAUUAUGAUUUAUAACACAUAGGAAAAUCACAAAAUAGAGGAUAACCACACAUGGCCUAAUGAAGUGGACACAUUUUGGGGGGACACAAUUCAGUCCAUUACACUUGGAUUCCUAUAUAUUGAUGUCCAGGAAUUCUCUGCAGUUUUUCUUUCCUGAUGUUCAUUCUUUUACAGAUCAAUCGUGACCCCUUGGAUAUUAUAAUGACCUUAGUUAUUUAUGAGCAAUGGUCCACUAGGUGUUAGUGUUUUAUUUAACUUGGUCUUAAUGUUUAUUAUUAGUUUUGUAACUGCAACUUCUGCCAGUCCUGACAUUCAGCUGCAGUUAUCACCAAUCACAGGGCUACUUCCCUUUGUUGAGCUUAGGGUAGAUUAUGUCCAAGAGGAAAAAUCCAGUUGACUCAGUUCAUCUUGGAUUAGGUGGAGCCCCAUGUGUCUGGUUAGCAUUUGAAAGUAAGGUUAAGGUCUGCCCUAUUCAAGUGAGAAGCUAAACCUUCUGAAAAGACUAAUUGAGCAGGACACACGUCUGGAAUGAAAAUUUGAGACUGGGAGUAACCUGACAGUUGUUUCUACAUGGCAUCAAAUGGAAGAGACCUUUUGGCCCUGGAGCCCCGGUGGUGCAGUGGUUAAGAGCUAUACAGUGAGCUAUGGCUGCUAACCAAAAGGUUGGCAGUGUGAAUCCACCAGCUCCUCCUUGGAAACCCUAUGCGGCAGUUCUGCCCUAUCCAUUAGGGUCGCCAUGAGUUGGAAUCAACUCGAUGGCAAUGGGUUCUGGGUUUUUUAGCCCUUAGUGAUUUGCAGUAUGUUUCUGAGGCAAUUGGGUGUAGGACAUUUCCUGUAACUUCUAUUUGAGAUGUUUUGUUAUCUCCACAUGUGAAUGUUAUCUUGACUGGAUAAGAUAAUGUCCGAUUAAAUCCUUUCCUCCUGAGUGUUUGGUACUCUACCAUCUCCAGCCUUGUUUAUUUCAGAGAAGUGAAAGCUGGACUGCUCUUUAAUAUCUUUGAAACUUAACAUCUCUAUCGUAGAAUUAUAUACCAGAACAUGUAACUUAGUUGUGGUAUUUAUGCUUGAAAAUGUUGGUAGGAAUACAGUAAGUUAACCAAACUUAUUAUCCAGCGUCAGGCCUUUGUAAAUGUUUCUGUUAUACAUCUCAUUGUAACCUGUGGUCCUUUUGAUUUGUAUUCUUUAGAAAUUCUAUUCCAGAUCUAUGGUCUUCUCUCUCAUUCUUUUGAUAUUUUAUUUUCUCAAUUUAAAAUAUUCCACAAGCCUGCCUUCCACAUUGUCAAGCUAAUGUUGGUAAGGUGGAACUAUAAUGUAAAGAUCAUACAAUUUUAAACCAAAUAGACUUGUUUUUCUGGCUCUCAUUUAUUUGCUGUGACUGUAGACUGCUUAAUUGUUUAGUCUCAAUUCUAAAAUUAGACUAGCCUGUACCUAUCUUGGAGAAUGAUGAUUAAGUGAAAUACAGGUUUAAAAGGUCUGAUUUGUGAUUGCUCAAUAAUUGUACAUCUUCUGUCCAUCUGCCUUGAUCCCGCUCUUAUUGCUUCUUUUCAACUAUUUCAUAUAGUUGUCUGUUCUAGGUUAUUGUGCCUAAUACUUGUGAUGUUCUAUUAUCUCGAUAUUAGAGAUCAUAUGCCAUCUAAAUUUAUCUUUAGUUCCACUGAGAAAAUCUUGUUCGAAAGAAGGAAUAUCUUUGUUUUGUUUUUCACAGGUUCCACAUUAUUUCAUUUUCUCCUCUUUAAAUAUUGUUUAUUGGUUUCUUAUGGGACCCUUGACAAUCUACCUCUGGAAGUCUUAUUGAAAGAGAGGAUUCUAUCUAGAUCUGAGGCAAAAGGGCAGGUCAGGUAAAGAUAUAUUUUUAAACUUCCUUCUCAGAGUCUUGGCUCUUGACCUCAAAGUGGAUCCAUUGGCGAACAAGUUAGAUGGAGUGGCUUUUUAAAAAUCUGCGCCAGUAGACUGGCUUAAUGGAGGGAUUCCUAGGAAAGCAGAUGAGCUGUAGUCACCACUUUCAUCCCCCGUGAAUAAAACUUAACCUCUAACACACAAUCAGUUUAUAGUGGAAAGAGCAUUGAAAAGUGCCAAUGUUUCUGACCUUGAAUAGUUUGUAUAUGUCCCCUAAGGUCUCAGUUUCCUUAGUGAUAAAAAUGAGAGGAGUGUACUAGGUGAUUGUGACAAAUCCAGGUCUGCUGUCAAUUACAAAACAAUUUAUCAAUUUGACACAGGCUUCCAGAGUAUCUGCCAGAUGCUGGGCACUAUGCUCCCCCUGUCCCCCCCCCCCAAAAAAAAAAGUCAUCUAAGGGUUAGUUUUUAAGUGUUGCUAAUUAGGCUAUUCUAGGUUAUAAGGAACAGAAUAAGAGUUGCAGCAGAAGGGAAUCCAGACAUCCCAAGCAUGAGAAGGAUUUGACAUACCACUGUUGGCUCAAUGAUGUAGGGGUCCAUGUGCAAAGCCUGCAGAGAGGCAUCUAGGAGCUAAUGGUUACCCCUGGCUGACAGCAAGAAAAUGGGAACCCAGUCCUACAACCACAGAAACAAUUCUGCCAGCAAGAAGAAUGAGUCUGGAAGCACAUUCUUCCACAGGGCAUCCAGAUAAGAGCCAAAGCUGCCUAACACCUAAUUUCAGCCUUUUGGGACCCAGAGUAGAAAACCCAGCCAUGCCUACCAGACUACUGAUCUACAGAACUAUGAGGAAAUAAGUGUUGUUCUAAGUCACUAAGUUUCUGGUCAUUUGUUACAGCAGGAGUAGAAAACUAAUAGGGAAUAACAGCAGAAGAACAUUUAUAUCUGUUCCUUGAGCUUGCAAAGCUCUUCUGUAUCUUCUUAAAGUUACUGCCUCAUUGCUCAAGUCAUAGAUACCAUUUCUUCAGAAAGACCUUCCUUGACCACUGUAUGUAACUAGCAUUCACCAACUCCUAGCACAUGCACACCAGUCACUGUGCUAUUAUCCCGUGUUAUUUUUUCAUGGUACAUAUCACUAACUGAAAAUAUUUUAUUUAUGUUUACUGUCUUCUGCCCUUCACCCCUCUCCACUCUGAAACACCCACUAGAAAGUUCCUUAAGGCCAGGGACUUUUCAUGUUCACUUCGGAAUAACACAAGAUUGACUAGACAUCUGAGAACAACCAACAACUGAAGACCACCAGAGAAGAAGUAGAAUAAUUCACCUCAAAGGAAAUCAUUAAUUCAGGACACUGAGUACUGCUUUAAAAAAUCCUGAUCCCAGAAAAUAUGGUAGCCGUAAAAUAAAUAUAGACAGCUAGUGUAUUAGAUAUCUAUUGUUGUGUAACAUAUUAUCACAGACUUAGUGGCUUAAAACAAUAUACAUCUAUGAUCUUGCAGUUUCUGUGGGUCAGGCUUAGCUAUGUCCUACACUUCUGGGAAUCACAAAGCUACAAUGAAUCUGUCGGCCAGAGAUGCAGUCUCAUCUGAGGCUCGACUGGGGAAAGAUACACUUCCAAGCUCAUGUGAUUGCAGCAUUCACUUGCUUGCAGGCAGCUGGACUGAGGGCCUGUCUCUUGCUGUCUGUUGGUUAGAAAAACCAAACCCCCUGCCAUGGAGUUGAUUCCAACUCAUAGCGACCCUAUAGGACAGAGUAGAACUGCUUCAUAGAGUUUCCAAGGAGCACCUGGUGAAUUUGAACUGCCGACCCUUCUGGUUAGCAGCCAUAGCACUGAACCCCUACGCCACCAGGUUUUCCCUGUUGGUUGGAGGUUGUCUUCAUUUCCUUGCCAUGUAGAUCUUGACAACAUGGCUGCUUGCUCCCCCAAAGCUAGCAAGGGGGAGAGUCUACUGGCAAGACAGAUGUUUUAACCUUCUGUAACGUAAUCACACAAUGACAUUUCAUCACCUUCACUCUAUUAUCUUGGGUGGGUCCAAGGAUACCUUGAACAAUGCUGUUCAAUAGAAAAGUAAUUGAAAAUUUUCUACAAGCCACGUAAAAAAGUAAAAACCAAGUGAAAUUAACACCCUGGCUAUUAUUAUUUCCAUAUGUAAUCAUCAUAAAAAUUAUGAGAUUUUACAUUGUUUUUUUAUAUUGUUAGUCACUGUACAGAAGCCUCCAACUUGUGGUAACCUUAUAUAUAAUAGAAUAAAAUGUUGUCUGGGCCUGCACAUCUCCAUGAUCUUUGAUAUGUUUGAGCCCAUUGUUGAGGCUAUUGUGCCAAUUUAUCACAAUGAGGAUUUUCCUCAUUUUCAGUGACCCCCUACUUUACCAAACAUGAUGUCGUUUUCUAGAGAUUGGUCUUUCCUGUUGACGUACAUGUCUAAAGUAAGCACGAUGAAGCUUUGCCAUCCUCAGUUCUAAGGAGCAUUCUGGUUGCAUUUCUUUGAAGACUGAUUCGUUCCUUCUUCUGACGGUCUGUGGUAUAUUUAAUAUUCUUCACCAACACCACAGCUUAAGUGUAUCAAUUCUUCUGUCUUCUUUUUUUCGUUGAUCAGCUUUCACAGGCAUGCUAAGUCUUUGAAAUUCAGUGUGUAUUUUACACUUACAGCCCAUCUCAGUUCGAACUUGUCUGAGUGCUGGGCAGCCUCAUCUGCCUAGUAGCUGCUCUAUUGGGCAGUGCAGAUAUAGAACUUUGUGUCAGCAGCAACCUUGUAUGUAAUUUAGUUAAAAGUUUCCUUUAAAAUUCUGUAUUGUAUAUAUGCAAGCAACCUUGGAAACUGGAAAUUAAUCUAAUUUCUAGACCUUGAAAAUUAAAUUUGAGAAUCUGCUCUCUAGAAUUAGUGAGUUUCACAGAAAUAGACUGGAUUUUGUUCUAACAGUCUUACAUCUUGUUAUCCCAAUGUUGCUACAAAUUUGGACACUUUGAAAAUUCUUUAUCAUCAGGCAUUGUGCCACAGCCCAGUCUCAUUCUGUCACUGAAAAUCGUGUGAUGUGAAUUAUACUACAGAAACUAUUGUCGGGGAAAAAGUUAAACAAGUAAUAUUUUAUCUGUAAUUUUGAAAUAAUUACAGGCAUACCUCAUUUUAUUGUGCUUUGCAGAUAUUGAGUUUUUUACAAAUUGAAGGUUUGUGGCAACUCUGUCGAGCAAGUCUGUCAGCACCAUUUUUCCAUCAGCAUAUGCUCAUUUCGUGUCUCUGCCACAUUUUGGUAAUUCUCACAAUAUUUCAAAUUUUUUCAUUAUUAUAUCUGUUACAGUGAUCUGUGAUCGGUGAUCUUUGAUGUUACUAUUGAAGUUGUUUUGGGACUCCAUGAAACGCACCCAUAUAAGAUGGUGAACUUAAUCUAUAAAUGCUGUGUGUGUUCUGACUGCUCCACUAACUGGCUGUUCUCCCAUCUCUCUUCAUCUCCGUGGGCCUCCCUAUUCCCUGAGACAUGACAAUAUUGAAAUUAGGUCAACUAAUAACCCUACAAUGGCCUCUAAGUGUUCAAGUGAAAGGAAGGGUCUUUUUUUUUUUUUUUCCCCCACACAUAUCUCACUUUAAAUCAGUAGCUAGAAAUGAUUAAGCUUAGUGAGGAAGGCAUGUCAAAAGCCGAGAUAGGCUGAAAGCUUGGCCUCUUGCACCAAACAGCACAAUAGUGAAUGCAAAGGAAAAGCUCUCGAAGAAAAUUAAAAGUGUUAUUCCAGUGACCACCCAAAUGAUAAGUGAAACAGCCUUAUUGCUGAUAUGGAGAAAGUUUUAGUGGUCUGGGUAGAAGACCAAACCAGCCACAACAUCCCCUUACGCCAAAGCCUAAUCCAGAGCAAGGCCCUAACUCUCUUCAAUCCUAUGAAGGCUGAGAGGUGAGGAAGGUGCAAAAGAAAAAUUUGAAGCUAGCAGAGGUUGGUUUAUGAGGCUCUAAGGAAAGAAGCCGUCUCCAUAACAUAAAAGUGCCAGGUGAAGCAGCGAGUGCUGAUGUAGAAGCUGCAGCAAGUCAUCCAGAAGGUCUGGCUGAGGUAACUGAUGAAGGGGCUCCACCAGACAGCAGGUUUUCACUGUGGAUGAGACAGCCUUGUGUUGGAGGAAGGUGCCGUCUAGAACCUUCGUAGCUAGAGAGGAGAAGUCCAUGGCUGGCUUCAGAGCUUCAAAGGGCAGGCUGACUCUCUAGUUGGGCUAAUGCAGCUGGUGACUUUAAGUUGAAGCCAACGCUCAUUUACUAUUCUGAAAAUCUUGAGGCCCUUAAGAAUUAUGCUAAAUCUACUCUGACUGUGCCCUAUAAAUGGAACAACAAAACCUGGAUAACGGCAUAUCUGUUUAUAACAUAGUUUACUAAAUAUUUUAAGCCCACUGUUGAUACCUACUGCUCAGAAAAAAAAGAUUCCUUUCAAGAUAUUACUGCUCAUUGACAAUGCACCUGGUCACCCAAGAGCACUGAGGGAGUUGUAUGAUGAGAUUAAUGUUGUUUUCAUGCCUGCUAACACAACAUCUAUUCUACAGCCUAUGGAUCAAGAAUGAAUUUUGACUUUCAAGUCUUAUUAUUUAAGAAAUACAUUUCAUGAUAGUGAUAGCCAUAGGCAGUGAUUCCUCUGAUGGAUGGGAGCAAAGUAAAUUGAAAACCUUCUGGAAAGGAUUCACCAUUCUAGACGCCAUUAAUAACAUUUUUGAUUCAUGGGAGGAGGUAAAAAUGUCAACAUUAACAGGAGUUUGGAGGAAGUUGAUUCCAACUUUCAUGGAUGGCUUUGAGAGGUUCAAGAGUUCAGUGAAAGAAGUAACUGCAGAUGUGGUGGAAAUAGCAAGAGAACUAGAAUUAGAAGUGGAAUCUGGAGAUGUGACUGAAUUGCUGCAAUCUUAUGAUAAAACUUUAACGGAUGAAGAAUUGCUUCUUAUGGAUGAACAAAGAAAGUGGUAAAGAUGCUGUGAACAUUGUUGGAAUGACAACAAAGGAUUUGGAAUAUUACAUAAACUUAGUUGAUAAAGCAGCAGAGUUUGAAAGAAUUGACUCCAGUUUUAAAAGAAGUUCUACUGUGGGUAAAACGCUAUCAAACAGCAUCUUGUGCUAAGAGAAAUACUUCAUGGAAGGAAGACUCGAUCGAUGCAGCAAACUUCAUUGUUGUCUUCUUUUAAGAAAUUGCCAGAGCCACUCCAGCCUUCAGCAAUUGCCACCUUGAUCAGUCAGCAGCCAUCAACGUGGUGGCAAGACCCUCCACCAGCGAAAAGAUUACAACUCACUGAAGGCUCAGAUGAUGGCUAGCAUUUUUUAGCAAAAAAGUAUUUUUUAAUUAAAUUAUGUACAUUGCUUUUUUAGACAUAAUGCUAUUACAUACUUAAUAGACUGCAGUAUCUUGUAAACAUAACUUUUAAUAUACAUUGGGAAACCAAACAAUUUGUGCAGCUCACUUUAUUUUGAUAUUCACUUUAUUGUGGUGGUCUGGAACCAAACCCACAAUAUCUCUGAGGUAUGCCUGUAUUUACCAUGUAUUGAAGAAACAUGUUAUGGAUUGAAUCAUGUCCACCAUUUUGUUGUCUGAUGUGAUUUUCCCGUGUGUUGUAAAUCCUACCUAUAUGAUGCUAAUGAGGCAGGAUUAGAGGCAGUUGUGUUAAUGAGGCAGGACUCAAACUACAAGAUUAGUUUGUAUCUUGAGUCAAUCUCUUUUGAGAUAUAAAAGAGAGAAGCAAGUAGAGAGACAGGGAGACCUCAGACCACUAAGAAAGUAGUGCUAGGAGCAGAAUGUGUCCUUUGGACCCAGGGCUCCUGUGCUGCGAAGCUCCUAGACCGGGGAAGACUGCUGACAAGGACCUUCCCCCAGAGCCGAAUGGGAGACAAAGCCUUCCCCUGGAGCUGGCACCUUGGGUUUGCACUUCUAGCCUCCAAAACUCUGAGAGAAUAAAUCUUUGUUAAAGCCAUCCACUUGCGGUAUUUCUGUUACAGCAGCACUAGAUAACCAAGACAAAUAGCUAUAUAAAAUAGAAAUGUUCAAAAUAAUGCAAUAAUUGCAAUAAUUUUUCAGUUAAAAAUAUCCCUAAAAUUGUUGAUGUUGAAGUUUGGAGCUCACAAAGUAGUGUGUCUUUAGCGCUGCAUUUUAUUUAUUGUAUCAAGUCCUUAUGUUCUUUUUAAUAGUUGAAAUAGAUGACUAUGAAUAUUAAUGAUCAUCAGCUAUUUCAUAUGGAAUCGUUCCUUUAGAAUAAAUACUAA